AUGGGAACGGUGAUGGUGGUGAUGUUGAUUGAGGAGGCUAUUGAGAAGGCUUAUACUUCUCUAAACAAGCAAUACCCUCUCGCUAAACCUCCUUCUAAAGUCGCCUCGUCUGCCGACUCGGCUCUUUCUACUGGCAAGCCUACUAAGUCUACUACUCCCGCGAAAAAAAGUUUUGAAGAGAUUAAAAAAGACAUUAAUGAAGAAGUUACAAAGCUUCCUAAAACCAUAAAAGAACUUGAAAAUGACUCUUCUAAUGAUGAUGUUACUAAGCGUUUAUCUGACUGUCAGUCCAAGUUGGAGGCUUUGCAGACUGUGAAUAAGCUUGCUGAAUUUGCUGAUUCACUUACUAAAAAACCUGAAAAUGAUAAUAUUUUAACGCAUUUAUGUUCCGCCCUCGAGAAAUUCCUCGGCUUCAAUCCAUCUUCCAAAGGCUACGACGGCUCUGGGAUUGUGUACUCUGACUUGGAUAGGCUGUGUGACGGGGUGAUGGCGUUUUUGCUUAGUAUAAUCACUGACGUAAAUAACAACGAAAAACCUAAGAAAUACAAUACUAUUUUGAUAGCGUACUUGAAACAUUAA